AUGGAUCUGAAGAAAUUCAUGAGUGACCUGACGGUGGAAAGCCUACCGCAUUUGGACCAGGCACUGUCAUCCCAUGAAGUACAUCGUGCCGUCACAGAAAAAUGGAAUGCAGUGACAUAUUCCUUUUUGUCGCGACUGGCCUUGAUCGGGUUGAACUACUCGCAACCGUUUUUGAUUUCACGCUUGAUUGCUUAUGUUGGCGAAAAGAACCCAGAUAGGAAUGAUGGAUAUGGGCUGAUUGGGGCAUAUGCUCUGGUCUAUAUACUCAAGGCGGUUUUCAAUGGCUCUUACGAGCACCAUAAUUUUCGCUUCAUUACCCAGAUACGUGGCGCAAUGGUGUCUAUGAUAUAUGACAAGACACUAGAUGUGCAGCAAGAUGAACAAAACGGCUUGUCAGCAGUGACACUAAUGAGCAACGAAGUGGAAAACAUUUCAUUGGGGAUCCAAAAUGCUCACGAGGUCUGGGCAAGUCCGAUUGAGUUGGCCAUCGCCAUAUUUCUCCUAGAACGUGAAGUUCUCUGGGCUGCAGCUGUCCCUGCUGCCAUUUCAUUAGCAGCCUUCUACUUUACCGGUUUAAUAUCAAAGACGUUCCCCAAACGUCAAAAGGCCUGGAUGCAAGCAGUCCGUGAAAGAGUGGCAUUUACAUCGAAUUAUUUGGAAACGAGCAAGAUAGUUAAGAUGCUCGGCCUUUCCGAGCAGGUAUCAUCGAUUGUGCAACGAUUUCGCGUCCAGGAACUGAACCUGCAGAAGAAAUAUCGCCAUUCAAUGGUGAUGAUGAAUCUUGUAGCUGGUAUAACAUCUAACUUUAGUCCUCCCAUUACCUUUAGUCUUUAUACUGGAAUUGCACUUCACAUAGGCCGAAAGCCCCUGACUGAGUCGCAGAUGUUCAUGGCGCUUUCCAUCAUCUCGUUGGCUAGCAAUCCAUUAUCAAAUUUGGUAUACUCUGCCCCGAGACUUGGCGGAACUAUUGAAUGCUUUCAGCGGAUACAAGAAUACCUCUUAGCAAACCCAAGACAUGACUAUCGAAGCUUUGAUUCCCUCCACAACUCUGGCAAAGUUCGAGAAACGAAAUUCGUUGACGAGGGGUCCGGGUCUGGAUCUGGGUCAUUAGAACUGCAAGAAAUAAAUAGUGACAAUGGGAUGUCAAAGAUUCAAUCAUCCGGAACCAAGACAGAUGCCGUGUUAAACCAGGCCCAUUUUGGCUGGAAUCAUACCUCAUCAAUGCUAGCAGAUAUAAACCUCCAACUGCCUUCUGCGUCACUCACAAUGGUUGUCGGUGCGGUUGGUUCAGGGAAAAGCCUUCUUUUAAAGGCUAUUUUAGGCGAGGUUCAUUGCACAAAGGGUUCAGUGCAGAUACAACCGUCGAAAAUCGCUUUCUGCGACGCAAAGCCAUGGGUUCGUCAUGGGUCUCUCCGUGCUAAUAUAUGUGGGCCACAUGCAUACGAUGAGGAAUGGUAUAAAAAAGUGGUCUAUGCAUGUGCUUUAGAGGACGACAUCAAGAGGCUACCUGAAGGCGACCUCACGCUUAUCGGGAGCAAUGGGGCUGCAAUUAGUGGUGGCCAGCGCCAAAGGAUUGCUAUUGCUCGUGCAAUCUAUGCCCGUACAAGAUUAGCCCUCUUUGAUGAUGUUUUGAGUUCCUUGGAUGGUCCGAUAUCUGAACAUGUCUUCACACACGUCUUCGGAGAGCAAGGAAUUUUGCGCCAGCACCGCGUAACUACAAUUUUCGCAACACAUGCAGUUCAGUAUCUUGGGUUUGCAGAUCAAGUUAUUGUACUUCAAGAUGGGAAGAUAGUGCAAUAUGGAUCCCCACAAGAAGUUCGAGCGAGUGGUGAAUCUCUCUUGACUAAUAGACUUCCUUCUCACGAUAUUUCACCUGCAGAUUCUGGCUUAACAACUAAUGAUCAGCAACCCGCAUUACCUGUCCCUGUGCCUUCUGAUCCUGGAAAGUCUAUGGACCGAAAGCUAGGUGAUCUAACGGAUUAUAAGUACUAUGUGCAGGCCGCCGGAUGGAGAUAUAUGCUCCUCUACUUUGGCUGUCUUCUCAUUGGAGCCUUUUGCUCUCAGUUUCCCAGCCUGUGGGUUCAAUGGUGGGCGGAAGAAAACGCCCGUUCUCCAUUCGGACGGCUGGCGUUGUAUAUUUCCAUCUACGCAAUGUUGGCCGCCUUGGGUUCAUUUCUAUGGGCUUCAUGCAUGUGGCUGGUCUUUUGUCGCAUUGUUCCUAGAUCUUCCAACCGACUUCAUGAUUACCUGGUUACUAAAGUCAAGGAUGCGCCUCUGCAUUUUCUGGCAUCUACCGACAACGGCAUUACCCUCAAUCGAUUUAGUCAAGACAUGACUCUGAUAGACACGUCGCUACCUGCGGAUUUCCUGAAGACGUCAAAAACUUUGUUCCAGUGUAUAAUGGGUGCUAUUUUUAUUUCAGUGGGAGCCAAGUAUAUUGCUUGUCUCAUCCCUGUUUCUGCAUUCGUUCUCUAUUGGAUUCAAAAAUUCUACCUACGAACCUCGCGACAGCUGCGCCAGCUAGAUCUGGAGACCAAAUCCCCGCUUUAUACACAGUUUACAGAAACCAUUGAUGGUAUUAUCACUAUCCGGGCUUUUGGCUGGCAAAGAAAGUUUCGAGAGGAACACCAGCAGCUACUGCAAACCUCACAACGGCCAUAUUUUACCCUCUUCGUUAUUCAGAGAUGGCUGAUUCUAGUUCUGAAUCUGUUUGUGGCCGGUAUUGCUAUUCUUAUCUCUGUGUUAGCUGUGUUCGUUCCUAAUAUUGGUCCCAUUGGUGUCUCCCUCAUUUCAUUGGUGACAUUUAGUGAACAACUCACCGAGUUGAUCCAUUUCUGGACCUCGAUGGAGACUAGCAUUGGCGCUAUUACACGCAUUCGAAGCUUCAAUAGCGUUCCUUCAGAGAAUUUGCCUGGGGAAGAUCAUAUUCCUCCUCCUAGUUGGCCGUCUGAAGGACGUCUGGUGUUUCAUGAUGUCUCUGCCGGGUAUCAACCAACAUCACAGCCAGUCCUUCAACAUGUUUCACUGACGGUAAAUCCCGGUAAAAAACUAGGGGUAUGUGGACGCACGGGGAGUGGGAAAAGCUCUUUACUCUUGGCCAUCCUCCGCAUGAUUGAUAUCCAAAGUGGAGAUAUCACGAUUGAUGGAUUGAGUUUGCAAUCAUGCCCUCGGGACAUCGUCCGCAGCAGAGUCACAGUAAUUCCUCAAGAUCCGGUUUUGUUCCGAAGAUCAGUGCGUGAGAAUGUGGCUGGAUUUACUGCUGCAGAUGACUCGACGAUCUUUGAUGCUCUGGAAAAAGUUCAGCUGCGCGAGCAUGUCGAAAGCUGCGGUAGUCUGGAUACAGUGAUCGAUGAUAUCGCCUUGUCGACAGGCCAGAAGCAAUUAAUCUGCCUCGCGCGCGCGAUUGUCAUGAAGCGCAAAAUUCUGCUUCUCGACGAGGCAACCAGCAAUGUAGAUGAGCAGACAGAUCAGCUGAUGCAGAGCGUGAUACGGAGAGAAUUCUCUGAUUGCACAAUCAUUGCCAUUGCGCAUCGCGUCCACACCUUGCGCGAUUUCGACAUGAUUGCUGUUGUGGACAAGGGCAGGGUGGUUGAGUAUGACUCGCCAGACUUCAUCGCCUACUCCUCUCCAUCCCCAUCACCAUAUCACAUCUUCUUCCUCCCCGGUAACCCGGGGAUAGUAGAAUACUAUGCCGGAUUCCUGGCACAACUAUACGCAACACUCAAUUCUUCUUCUUCUUCUUCUUCUUCUUCUUCUUCUUCCUCUUCCUCCCACCAAUCCCAAUCCCCAGACUCUGCAGUGCCAUUUUUCAAUGUCGCAGGCUGCUCACACGCCGGCUUUGAAAUUGGACAUGACGACAAUCCAAAGACAGACAAGGAUGAUGCUACCUUGUACAGCAUCACGGCACAGAUAGAUUUCAGUCUCACGCGAUUACGGACAUACAUCCAAGCCAGCAACCAAAACCAAAAAGAAAAGGAGAAAGCAAAAGUUAUUCUAAUAGGUCAUUCCUAUGGCACAUUCGUCAUUGCCGAGAUAUUGAAACGGCUAUCCAGCAACACAAAGCACGACGCCAGCACCGAAAAUGAUACCUUCCAAAUCAUAGGGAGUAUACUCCUUUUCCCGCCGAUUCCGGAUCUGGCACAAAGUCCCCGGGGGAAGAAACUUGCUCUGAUAGCAAGAUGGAAAUACCUCCCCAGUGUAGCCUCUAGCAUGGCGAAACUAAUCUCCAAGUUCCCACUCAUCUGGUCAAAUGCGCUUAUCCGCUAUUCCACUGGCUUGCCAUCUGACGCACUAGACAUAGUCCAGCAGUUUUUCGGAACAAACCUCGAACUAGACGAACUCAAACCCUCCCGCUGGGAAUCGGCCUUUCGAGCCAUUGCAUCGCCCAAUUCUUCUUCUUCUUCUUCUUCUUCUUCUUCUCCAACAUACAUACGCCUCUUCUUCGGCAAAAACGAUGGCUGGGUGCGUGACGAGCUGCGCGAUGCAUUCAUGUACCAGUACUGCGACGAGUCUGGUCCGAGGGCCUUUGAUGCGAAGCGCGAGUAUUUGGAUAUUCGCGCGCGGAUUGAUCCGAGUGUGGAUGGAGAUGAGGGGAGUGUGGUGAUUCCGCAUGAUUUUGCCAUUCGGCAUAGUGAGCAUGUGGUGCCGUAUGUGGUUGAGUAUGUGGAGGAGAUGGUCAAGGCUGGUUAA